GGGAGAGGAGCCCCGUGGCAGGAGGGGUUCAUAGCUCCCCUCUGCGUGCAGGAGCAGGUCAGUAUGUGUCUCCCCGAGCUGGUGUCUCCCUGAGCAGCUCUGUGCACCCCAAGGACUCGCAACUGGCCAGCACUGUGAGGGCUGUGAGGGACUGUCACAGCCCUCCCGGGAUUGCUGCUGCGAGAUGCGAGAUGUAUUCUGGCCUCAUGCGGGUGUACUGGUUGUUUAAUGGCUUACAGAACACAGCUCAUGCCCUCUUUGCCCCCUCUGCUCGUCUGGGCAGGGUUGUGGUGUGGUGCCAACCUCACCUGCCACGUUAUCGGGAGCGAUGCAACUCACCCAGGGCUGCUGGUGGAGGAGGGAGGUUGGGCAACCGCUGCAGGUCAGACCUGGACAUCAACAGCCCAAAUCUCAUGCAGGAGGGUGGAAAGUGGGGUGGAGAUGAAGGCCACCCAGCAGCUCCAUCACCCAGGAGCUUUGCCCAUCACUUCCCGUUUCAUCCGAGCUCAGCCAGGGCGGAGGCUGCCCUUCUUGCUCCUCCAGCCCCUGAGCAAGGGUGGCCACACGUCUGAGUCACAAUGGGCAAGAUGGACAACACCUCCGUGGAGCUAAGCUCUCCCUCCAAGGUGAAGCAGGCAUCCCUGGAGGAGUCAGCUUCCAGAGCCCCCAAGUCCGUGAGCACCAAGAAGAAGAAGGAGAUUCCAGACAGAGGCUCCUGGAAGGGGAGAUUUGACUUCUUGCUGUCCUGUGUGGGCUAUGCUAUCGGGCUGGGCAACGUCUGGCGCUUCCCAUACCUCUGCGGCAAGAAUGGAGGAGGGGCCUUCCUCAUCCCCUAUUUCCUGACACUGGUGUUUGCUGGGAUUCCUCUCUUCCUGCUGGAAACUGCUCUGGGCCAGUAUACCUCUGUCGGCGGACUGGGAGUCUGGAAAUUAGCACCCAUGUUUAAAGGAGUGGGGCUGGCAGCUGUGGUUCUCUCCUUCUGGCUGAACAUCUACUACAUUGUCAUCAUCGCCUGGGCUCUCUACUAUCUCUUCAACUCUUUCACCGUGGACCUGCCGUGGCAGAGCUGUGGGAACGCCUGGAACACCGACCGCUGCUUCUCCAACUACUCUCUGACCGACACCACCAACCUCACCAGCGCCGUCACCGAGUUCUGGGAGAGGAACAUGCACCAGAUGUCCGGGGGCCUGGGGGAGCCCGGCACCAUCCGCUGGCCCCUGGCCGGCACGCUGGCCCUGGCCUGGCUCCUGGUUUACUUCUCCAUCUGGAAGGGAGUGGAGUGGACGGGCAAGGUGGUGUAUUUCUCAGCCACCUACCCCUACUUCAUGCUUUUCAUCCUCUUCUUCCGGGGGGUCACGCUGCCAGGAGCCAAGGAGGGGAUCCUCUUCUACCUCACGCCUGACUUCAGAAAGCUCUCCAACUCCGAGGUCUGGAUGGAUGCAGCCACACAGAUCUUCUUCUCUUACGGCCUGGGGCUGGGGUCUCUGAUCGCUCUGGGGAGCUACAACGCUUUCCACAACAACGUCUACAGAGACUCCAUUAUUGUCUGUUGUAUAAACUCCACCACAAGUAUAUUUGCCGGAUUUGUUAUUUUCUCUAUUGUUGGCUUCAUGUCGCACAUCACAAAGAAGCCUAUCUCAGAGCUCGCCUCCUCAGGCCCUGGACUGGCUUUCCUCGCCUACCCGCAGGCUGUCUCACAGCUGCCCCUCUCCCCGCUUUGGUCGAUCCUCUUCUUCUCCAUGCUGGUGAUGUUGGGUCUGGAUAGCCAGUUCUGCACUGUGGAAGGGUUCAUUACAGCCCUGAUAGAUGAAUAUCCUCAUCUACUGAGAGCCAGGAAGAAGGUCUUCAUCGCAGUAGUCUGUUUCAUCUCUUAUCUCAUUGGAUUCUCCAACAUCACCCAGGGUGGCAUUUAUGUCUUCAAGCUGUUUGAUUACUAUUCAGCCAGUGGCAUGUGUCUUCUUUUUCUUAUAUUCUUUGAGACCAUCUCAAUUUCUUGGUGUUAUGGUGUGAACAAAUUUUACAAGAGCAUUGAAGAAAUGAUUGGCUACAAACCAUGCAUCUGGUGGAAGAUCUGCUGGGCCUUCUUCACGCCUCUUGUCUGCCUGGGUGUGUUCUUCUUCAGUGUGGUGGAAAUGACCCCUCUGACACUGGGAAAAUAUGUCUAUCCUGUGUGGGGACAAGGCAUUGGUUGGCUUAUGGCUCUGUCCUCUAUGGUAUUGAUUCCAGGAUACAUGCUGUACUGUUUCUUCACCUCAGCGGGGACUUUCCGACAGCGUUUGCAGCAGAUGACACAGCCCAAGCCAGAGAGGCAGGCUCAGAACAACGGCCUCCAAACGAAGAUGUCCUUUCAUGGGAAGGUCUCAGAUGCUGCCGUCUAGGAGGAGAGCCCAGACCUCCUCACCCUGCUCUCUAGCUGCUUGCACCACGUUGUCCCUUGAGCUCCUCCUGCACAGCUUGCUGUCCGUGGCUCCACAGAGGCUUUCGCUUGUCAAAGAGAGGACUUGAUGGAGGAACCCUCAUGCGUCUCUUCCUCCCAGCCAAGCUUACCAAGGCCCUGCACGAGCUGCUGCCAGGGCACUGCGUGGUGACCAUCUUCAUCCUGCAACAUCCUCGUCCAGGGUCUCAGGGAGGAGCGGACAGUGCCCAGGUCUUCCUCCUCCUGACAAGAGGAUGUUUCUAGAGGGCUUAGACUGAUCGCCCUUCGUACGUGUGCACACACAGCGUGGCUCAGUGCAAAUUAGUCUCUCCCCUCCCUUGGCACCCUGACAGCAUCACCAGGUCUGCUGGCUUGCUUUCCCGUGCUGGCUCGCACUCUCAGGCCCAGCUCAGAGUCAAUGAAUUCAUCAAUGAGUGUCCGAGGGAAGGUAUGUCCCACUCAUGCUGUGGAGCUGUGACAUGAUGGAGGUUGGCCCCAUGCUGCCCAUCCCGGGGACCAGCUGGGGCACGGGGCCAACCUGCUCUUUUGCUGGCCUCCCAGCCUGAGGAUCAGUAGCAUAAAGAGGAAAGAAGUUGUGAUUAAAGCUGAAUUUGGCCACCUUUGGUGUUAGGUCGCCUGCCAGAUCACCAAUGCAUCUCGAUUAAUGUUGCUUUAGAUGUGUAACCGGUUUGUGUUUGUACACGAUGUACGUGCUGUGUCCUGGCUCUUAGAGGCCGUGGCUGCCAGGCCUUGGGUGCAUGUUUUGCAGUCUCCAACGCCACGAGCUGAGACCUCACCCUGUCCCGCCUCUAAUCAUCAGGUGUUUGCGUCAAAAACAUCGCAGCUGUUAAAUAGACGUGAAGAAGUGCUGAAUGUGCAGGCUUGAUCUUGUAAAGCCAAAAGCCAAACACUGAAAGCUGCAAUCAUAGUUCAUCACAAUUAAUCUCAGCCAGUCACAGACAUGUCAUCUUCCCUUGUCCCAUAAUUACAAGCACUAGUAUAAAUUUUCUAUUCCGCUUUCACCUACUUUUAUAAACUAAGGGAUAAAGGAAACCACUCCUUAUAUAUAUAUGUCCUUUGAGAGGGACAUCUGUGUUGAAGACAGAUGUUAACCUCUGAUCUUUGCAGUAAUGACCUUUACUAAGAACCUGCUUUUGCCUGUGCAUACAGGUCCCAUAACCUCUCCACCCUUAAAUGCAGACUGAGAGUUGCACAGGCAGGCGAUAGACAAAGGAGUCAAUUCUUGAGUGGGGCCUUAAAAACUUGGAAGACCCCAAUUUUUCCAACUUUAUUGGGGCAGCUCAGGUCUGAGGCAGAACAAAUCAGUGUCAGUGGUCGUUUUAGAAACUCUUGGCCGAAGAACUGGGUUGCUGGGAGAGCUGUUCAAAGGUUGGACCAUCCAGGUUGUUCCUCCAGGGGAGUGGAGAAGGGUCCAGAAAACAAAGUCCCUUUCCUGGUGGCUGAGGAAAUCCCUAAAUCCUUGGCUCCUUUUUGCUGGGAUUUUAGUACCCGUCUCUCUCUGGCUUGUGGCUUUGCAUGUGCCUGGUGCUGAUCAUCACUCCAGGUGUAGCAGCAGGGUCUACCCCGCAUAUGGGCUGCUCACAGUAACAACAUUUAAUGAGAUUUAACCAUCUGCUGAGUUUUCUGCCUGUGACAUUCUCCUUUGCUUUUCCUGCUGCCCUGCUUCUUCUCAUUCACUUACCUCACUGCUUCCCCAUCAUCAUCCAUCCAGUGGAAAUUAUCUGCCUCAGCUUGCUUCUUCCUGAUUUUUUGCUUCCACUACUGUCAAAUUACAGCUUUCCCUCCAUUCUCUUUUUCUUUCUAUUCUUUCUCAUUUCUAUCUCUCUAUAUUAUUACCAGCCUCACUUCCCUACUUCUCUCACGCACUUUCCUCCCAGCCUUGUUACUUAUCCCUGCGUGCCUGUGGCUCAGCCGCUCGCUAUGCACGCUCUUAUCCCUUCUGCCUCCUGAAAGCUGGAGCUCGGGACCCCACAGAGGAGCUCAUCUUUUUGCUAUAUCCAGCUCCUAAGAACCAAUUUUCAUCCCAAUAUCAAAAUUAUAAUGAAGUCCCAGUCAUCUUCUCAUCCUCUGUACCAGAAAGCUCUGUGCUAAGCAGCGCUAUCUCUUGGUAUUACUAGAAGAGGCAUUUCAACCCAUAUUCCACCAGUCUCUGCAGAACUGUGCUUGCUCUGAAAGAUUUUGUGGCCUUUCCUGUUUUGGCACUAUUUUAUUUCCACCAUGAAUGUUGGGAUUUGCGAAGUCUAGCAUUCAUAGCCUUGCAGGGUAGAAUUUGCCCUUAGUCAAGCUCUGUCUGACCGACUGAUCCCCUUCUCCAGCAUUUCACACUCAACCCAUCCCUAGUGCCCAAAGACCCUUCCCACCUCCAUCUCAUGCAGGUUUCCCAUCUAGUGAGGCAGCCGGGAUGGGGCCAGCCCCUUGAGCUCAUCCCACGCCUCAGAAAUGCCACUAUGGGCAGAUCCAGCAAAGCAGCCAUAGCUGCACGUUGACUUUUUGACGUCAGGCUUCAGACCCCAGCUGAAGUGCCGUGCUCAGUGCCAGCGAUCCCUCUGUAAGAGCCGCUUUUGUGCCGUUCCCUUGGUGCGUCACUUCUGCUGCCCACCACGCUGCUCCUCACGCCUUUUGGCUCACCCAGCAGAGAGGAUACGUGUGUGGCCGGAGGGUGGGAUGCUCCACUCUUCCCCCAUGAUGCGGUUCAGAAGGGGAUCCCAAUCCCCUGUGCUCACCUGCAGCACUUCUGCCUGUUCUCUGCCCCCCUAACCCCCACCAGCACCCGCUGGCCUCUUCCUCCCACCAUGGGCAGCCACUCAAAAUAAUCCCCCGUGAAAUCUCUUAAUUCUAAGGAGCUAUUUAGGGAGCUGUGCUCAAAUCCCUCUGAAAUCCUCUUUUUUCCUGAGGGCUGCAGAAAAUAAAAUAAAUGUCAUCGCCCCCACCCUCUGCUGCAGCAGCAGGGUCUGAGGGGGAUGAUGAGAAAGGCAGGAUUGCUUCGUUGCUGCUCAAGUGCCGCUUCCCCUGCAGAGGCGGGUGCGAUCCUCUCCGCUGGGAGAGAGGAGAUCUUGCUGCUGCCAUUCUACCAGAUGUGCUCCAACAGCUGGCAGCUGGUUGUGAGACACAUGUGCAACACCUGCAAUGUGAAACCCAUGCUGUGUGGCACUGUAAGGCUUCGGCCAGCCGACGGCCGCAUGGCUUGUAGUCUCUCCACAACUCUAUUAAAUGAUGUGUUGGGCGCCCUUAAA